GGAUCAUCCUUUUAUAAAUAAAUCAAUCCUACGGAGUUGCCAACAUGCACUACUCUAUACACUAUUUUGCAACACUAAAAGCAUAUCAUUAUCUCAGUCACUGAGGAAUGCCAAGAACUUGGCCUGUAUGGCACGUGCACUUGUCAAACAAUCAGACAAGCGAUAGCAACUGCAAGAGUAUUUCAUUGCCACCGUUCAACCACUGAACUGGAGACAGACCAGUUAAGGGAAGACAUGGAGAAUAGUACAGCAUCAGAAGGCAAAGAUCCAUCAGUCUUUCUGAGUGAGAUUAUUGGUGCCCCAGUCACUGUGAAGCUGAACUCAGGUGUUGUCUAUAAAGGUGAACUUCAAUCAGUAGAUGGUUACAUGAAUAUUGCCCUAGAAAAGUCUGAGGAAUAUGUGCAUGGGAAGUUAAGGCGAAGUUAUGGAGAUGCUUUUGUCCGAGGAAAUAAUGUGCUUUACAUCUCAGCAAAUUGAGGAUAUGACAAAUGAUUCCAAUGGAGUCUCAUUGUUGCCCAUUGGUUGUCCUCUCGCUAUGCCCGCAAAAUUAAGCUACAAAAUGUCCCAGCAAGACAUAUCAGGUGGGGGAGAAGGAAGGAAAUUGCUGGCACCGCAUCAAGAGCAAGCUGGCUGAUAAAACAACAAAUCGAUUAAUCAAUUUGUCUUCCCUAUACCAAAGUCUAUUUCCGUCCUACCCUCAUCGGAUCAUCUAUCUCAGACAGCUCCAUUCAUAUGGGAGGCCAUACUUUAAUACCCCUGUAUUGAUCGCCCCCAGAACAACCUAAAAGCCAUAGAUAAAUCAUACACGAACUAUGUAACACGAAUACCUCUCUAGUUGC